AAAGAAAGCUAACCUAGCGAGCUAACCUCAUGUCAUCUCGGGGAGUUUUCCCCGCCACCGCUGCCUCUGACUUGCUCAUUAGAGAUAAAUGUAUAAGUUUAAAAUUAAUAUCCUGAAUGUUUAUAUUUCUGUAAAGCUGCUUCGUGACAAAGUCCAGUGUUAAAAACGUUAUAGAAAUAAAACUGAAGUGAAGUGAAUAGCAGGCGUAGGGCGCAUUGAGAGGGGCGGAGUCUUGGACAGAAGGCUGUCAGUCAAGCUGCUGAUUAGAAUAUUAGGCCACACCCCAUUCUGUCAUUCUCAGAUCAGCGUCACACUGUAUAAGCUACUUAUAUUUAUUAUAUUCAGAAAGAGUGGUGGUGUGUUUGUGUGUGUUUGUUUCGUAGCGUGUAAACGAGGAGUGGAUUAGCGGAGACGAGCGGAGAACCGAAGCGUCGUUCCUGAGCUCGAAGGCCGUGGACUGCGCUGUUCCCCGACUCAGCAGCAUGGCCUCCGACAGCGUGGACUUCCUGUCCGACCAGCAGCCGUACGCUAGAUGGGAGAUAAAAGUCUCUAAUGAUGGCAGUGUGUUCAGUAACAGGAAGGUGUUUACACUCUAUGAUGGCGUGUGUCAGCAGUGUUCACGCUCUGGAGACUGUAAAUUAAAGGACAGGGUGUGUGUUAUAGAUGGAGUGUGUGUUGCUGACGGGGACGCGAGUGUGUCGAGUGUGUGUCUGAUGUGUAACUCCACUGAAUCGACACACAGCUGGAGUCUGAAUGGUGGUAAAGUCUCUCUCUGUGUCUCACUCCAUUAUUCUGUUCAUUCUCUUUCAUUAUUCAGUCUCUUCAUCACCACCUUCCCUCUCUUCUUCCUCCUCAUCCCAGAGAACCUGCCUCCCUCGCUCCUCGCCCCUCAGUCCGUCCUGCACUCGUUUAUCGGCGAGGACUUUGUGUAUCAGCUGGAGGCUCGGGAUCCCGAGGGCUCGGACGUGUCCUUCCUGUUAGAGGCGGGGCCGAGCGCGGCGUCGCUCUCACGCUCAGGACUCAUCACCCUGAGGGUCACGACCCCGGAAACACUGACGUUCAGCUUCACCAUCACAGACGAGUGUCACGCUCACAGCACACACAGCCUGCAGGUGAGCGUGAGGCCGUGUGUGUGUAUGAACGGCGGCUCGUGUGUGUCCGACGUUAGCCGUCCUGCCGGAAGCGGAGAGCACGUGUGUGUCUGUCCACCUGGUUUCCAUGGUGACCUGUGCCAGGAUGGGACGGAUUUUUGCCGCUCAGGUCCCUGUGUUUCAGGAGUGUGUGUGAACCAGCGGGACGGAUUCACCUGUGUGUGUCCAGACGGACUGACAGGGCGGGUGUGUGAGGAGGAUGUAGAUGAGUGUGAGCCAGCGCCGUGUUUCACCAGUGUGAGGUGUGUAAACACCUUCGGCUCAUUUACCUGUGGCAGCUGCCCUCCAGGUACACAGGGAGAUGGCAUCACCUGUACAGUUGACCUGGUCACUUCUUUACCUGCAGUUCGAGUCCACACUAACAUGGCUGCCUCCCUUGGCCUGGCCUUAACCCCCUCCUCCAGCCCCACCUUGGACAACAGACAGAUGAUGAGUGGUGUUCCCGGUGGGACCGGUUUUCCCGUCGCGCACAGCGACUCGUCCUCGUGUGCCACGAGGCCGUGUUUUCCCAGAGUUCAGUGUUUCACCCUGCGGCCCCCCCACACCGGCUACGUGUGUGCUCGCUGCCCACCUGGUUACCACGGCAACGGGCGCACCUGCACCAAAGCCCCCAAACACCCAGUUCCUCCUCCGAGUCGUGGCGGCACACACCGUUUACCCGACACCUCUCCGAAAUCCCCCCAUCUCCAUUUACCCUCCCGACAACCGGGGCGAGUCCGGGUCAGGCCCCGCCCCCUGUCCACACCGCCAAUCACAAUAAAGGGCUCAGCGGUACUCGAGUCUCGACACGCUCGCACGCACCUCGACGGCUUCAAACUGUUCUCGAGAGGAUUUGUGGGCGGGACCAUGAAAGUCACUCAGCAAUCGCCACGGAAACCGCACCUUGCAUCAACCGCAGUGACCUUUGACCUGUCAGAGUCAUCUGCAGACGGGGAGACGGAACAAUUCGCAGUGGCUGAUUCCAACGAUCUUCAGCUGCCGUCGCUGGUGAGGCGGAGCCAAACCCACAAAGACAGAACGGUGAGCUGUGGGGGCGUGGCCUGUUUCGCAGGUGUGCAGUGUGUGGGAGAGGAAACGCUCAGGUGUGGCAGGUGUCCAUCAGGAUACACAGGAGACGGAAGGACAUGCCGAGCCAUAUGCAGACACAGGUGUGCUCAGAACAUGGAGUGUGUAGCGCCCAACACCUGUCACUGUAAAGCAGGAUACACAGGACUGCACUGUCAGACAGCCACAUGUCUUCAGAAGUGUGUAAAUGGAGGAGUGUGUGUUGGGGCGAAGUGUCACUGCAGUCCUGGCUGGCAGGGUACAGCAUGUCAAACACCGGUCUGUGAGCAGAAGUGUGUGUUCGGUGGCCGGUGUGUGAAGCCCAACGUGUGUGCAUGCAGGACAGGAUACACAGGACCAACAUGUGCUAGAAAGCGUCCUAUAGGUCACGGCUGAAGAAGGGGGCGGAGCCUGUAAAGAAGACACGUUAUCACACAUGGCUAAUUCACAUCUAUUUAUUUAUGCAUUAGAUAGUGUAGGUUUUACAUUAUUCUCAGCGAGACACCUGUAUUACCCAUGAUGCACUGCGAGCGGUGUCCUGAAUUUAACAGGCAGAUAAAGAAAUGUUGGACGUGGCUUUUCUUUUCUUUUUUUUACAGAGUUACAAUAAAUGCCUUUUUAUAAAUACACAUUUACAGUGUGUGUGUGUGUGUGUGUGU